AUGCUACGUUUUAGGUCGUGCCUUCUAUGCGCUGCAUCAAUUCAACGCGUCACAGGGGCCGCCGAGCUGUCGAAAAACUACAAAGAACUAGAGGCUGAAGAAAAGCGUCUUGCUGAGGCGGAAGCGAGGCACAAGGAGUAUGAAAGUUACCCGUUACGCUAUCGCCUUCUGGAGUGCAAGCCCGGACUGCCGCUUGCCCUGACCAAGUUGAAGUAUCUUCUCGCCUGCCGAAGAACACAUCCUGAUGCCGGUGGCAACGCGGAAGACUUUUUGCGGGUGAGUCUAGCCUACCAGGACGUCAUGAAGGACUACGGGGUGGAGACUGUCGAGAACAAGAUCGUGAACCUGGGUAAUUUUCAGGUGGACGAUCAUGAGGCACGUAAUUAUUUGGAGGCCCGUGCCCAAAUAAAGAGUUUUAUACCAAUUUCCACCUUAACAGACCACAUUCAGAAGCUUGAAGAAAUUACGACGCGCCUUGGUGAAGGCUUAGUGGAUCGCAUAGCUGCCAACGACGAUGAGGCGAUGCUUCUUCUUGAGGACAUUGAAGACAUGAUGGAGGAGGGCGGCCUCCGUACUGUUCGAUUGGGAAUGCUUGAGGGUGGCAGCAUCAGGGUGGAGAGUAAGAUGAUCCUCACCGAUGGUACUGAAAGGCCGUUGUACCUUGAGGAUCCUUCCAAGAACGUAGAGGAACUAGAUGGCGCCGGUGUAGCAGCUGAGGAUAUCAUGGCGAGAGUUGAGAGAGAAAAAUCACCUGGAAAAACGAAUCCGCCUUCGAACUGGGACAAGGCACGUCUGGGAAUGAAAAAGCCAUACGCAUGGUAG